AUGGCCGUGGCACUUGACAGCACCUUGGCAGUCGUUGCUUUGCCAGCAGCCUUCUCCCGUUGGGCCAUCCGUGGCCGCGGGGACGAGCACUGGACCACGACGGCUGCGCUCUCCGUCUUCGUAGGCGCUGCGGCCUUGGUUGAUCAUGGACUCCGGACGGCUGACAGGCUGCACUACUUCGAGCUGACGAUUUGGAGCCACGUAUUCUCCUACGUUGUCGUGCAGCCUCUGAGGAAUGUCGUCAUCUCUCUCGUCGCAGCUGCAGCAGCGGCGUCGGCGGCUGCGGGAACGGUUUCACUUGCCUUCGGCUCUGGCUUUCAUGUCGAGUUGCUGCAAGCGGUGGCCGGUGUUGCCGUCUCAUGGGUUUGUGCAAGGCUGUCUCUGCACUUGGGAUCCCAGACAUGGUUAAUGCCAGGUGCAAGGGCAGCAGGCUUCCUGGUGGGCUUCGUCUGUGCUCCGGCGGUUGCUCUGCUCCUCUUCCCGGUCCGGGAACUCUACGAAGCAUUCAUUGCGGCAGAACCGUUCUUGCCACCGGGAGUACUGCGAAAGGCUUCUGCCGAGCUGUUGGUGACAACCAUGCAAUCGCAGGUGUCUCUCGGGUACGUUGGUGUCUACGUGCUUCGUCAGUCGCAGGCUCGAAAAAACGUUCUGCUGACAGUGGACAAGAGUCGAGCUGCAGGCGAGAGGACACUUUGCAGUACAUUCGUCAAACACGCCGUUUGGUUCAUGGCCUUCGUUGCGAUCCCGUACCUGCUCCAGCGAAUCCUCGUGGAGAACGUGAGCGACUUCACCUUCGCCCGCUUUUCCAACAUGGUGGAGACAGGUCUUCGCAUCGGAAGCUUGUUCCCAACGGUGGCCGAUUCGAACGGGCCCCGCACAAGCUUGCUGUCUGCCGUGGCAUCGUCGAACCUGACAGUUGAUGCUUAUGCGGGCGAGAUCGGCAGCAUUGUGCGAACUGGGCAUUCCAUCGUCGAGCGCGUGCUCUUUUCGAUGCCGAAGUUGGCGCUGCUGCCUGGAAUACUUGUCAGUCAGCCGUGGCUCCUCUUGCUGGUUCUGCCCGGGAACAUGGGCCUGGACUUUGUCCGAGCAAAGGCAUUUGCGCACCUCACAAGUCGAAUGGAAAAACUGAACCGCGAGAUCCAGGAGCUCGCGUCCAGGCGCAGCAACAUGGAGCAACACGACACGGAAAGCGCAGAGAUCCUCCAACGGGUCGGAGCUUCCUCCUUUGCUGAGGUACAAUGGCGCUUGAGGGCGAGGCAUCUCCAGGACAAGUUCUUAAGGCUGCAGGCCCUGCGACUUUUUCGGGGGUUCGUUGACACCCUCUACAUUCAGGAUUUCGUGGCUCCUGGCAUCGAGAUUGCGAUUGCAUACCUGUUGCAGUUCCAGCAAAUCACAGCAGUGGACAUUUGGGUAUAUACCCGAGUUGUGGAGGAUGCGCAGAACACUUUGCUCGUCCGCUUCCGCAGGGAGGCAGCAUUGGCCACUGUGAAGACCAAUGUAGAGCGCUUGCAGGCCCUGUCUCAGAGGCUAAAGAAUCGCACGAGACUGCGAUGCAAGGUGGACUCUGAGGCCUCGGCGAUGCAGGUGAAGAACCUUAGCUACAGCCGUGGUUCUCAACUUCAGGUGAGGCUCGGAAAUGUUUCGCUGGAGGCUGGAAAGGCCUAUGCCGUCACAGGAUGCAACGGGUGCGGCAAGAGCACACUUUUUGGGCUGCUAUCUGCAUGUGGCAAGCAUCAGCCAGAACUCCCCGCUGGCAUCGAUCAACUGGACUUUGAGAACUCCUUUCUGGCUGGGGUGAGCCUGCCGUCGGACGAAAUUGCAGAGAUACCACAGAAACUGUACUGUCCUUUGUUCACUGAGCCCUUGGCCUGGAUGUUCGGGCAUCAUUCGCUCAAGGCAAUGAGAGCGGAGGAUUUAGAAAGCCUUGAAGCACAAGUUCAGCAUUUUUUCGCCGAACUGGACUUUCGUCCUUCAGCAUCUGCGGCUGACAGCCCGAUCGAGCUUCGAGCUGUCAAGGAUGACUGGUACGGAAAACUCUCUGGUGGUCAGCGAUCCAAGGCAGAACUUGUCAGACAGAUCUUUCUUCAGCAACAAUGCCCCCAAAUCCUGCUCAUCGAUGAGGCGCUGGGACCCCUGGACGCGCAGUCCAAAGUCUUGGUUCAAAGGAAGUUGAAGGCCUGGGAAUUGUACGGCUUGGCAUGCUGCGCCGGCGUCAUGGAGGGCAAUCCGCUGGAGCACAGGAUGUGCGUCCACUGGGGACUCGACAGCUUGAUCGAGCACGGCUUGCUGGAACGAGUUUGCGAAAUGCUGCCGGCACUAGAGAUUGCACGGGCGACUUCUGCUUGCAGAAACAUGCAGGCUUUCGCCAAAGAGGUAAUCCCGCGUUUGUUGGCAGCUCGAUGUCGACCAGGGCUGCAGCUCCAAACAGCGUCUGCCAGCGAGGCGGCGGUGUUUCGUGAUUGGAUGCGGGACACGCGACAGUGGAACGCCGGGCCCAACACUUCGAAGCCUUACAACGUCGCCAAAGAAGGCUGCGUGCCUGGAGAUGGUGGCGCUUGGAUUUUUCUGGAGCAAGGCACCGACUGGUUGGGGUUCCAGGGCUUGUACUGCAACUUCGCAAGCCCACGACCCAAGCCCAAAUGGGUAUCAUUCCGGCUGUGCUUGCAAACGCUCGAAUUUUCCUGUGGAUUCUUUGCACUGUCAGCGGACAGAAGAACAUGGGGCCUUCAGCCCUUGGUCUUCAUCUUCAACUACAGAGGGGACGACAUGCAAACCGGCAAGCGCUGCUUUGCUUUGCAGACGCAGCCAGUGACCGGCGACCUGCAUGUUUUGCAGCUUGAGAAGGACCAGAUCCGUGCCGGCGUUCCAUAUGAGGUUGCUGUGCACCUUGAUUGGGAACGGGGUCUUCUGGAGCUCUUCAUCGAUGGGACCUGUGUCCUCAGAGACAUUCAUUUUCAGGUAGACCUGGAGCCACGAUACAUCGGUCUCUACAACUGGAGAAGCCGUGCAGCCUGUGGCUUCUCAGA